UCUGUGUGUGUCGGCAGUGAGUGUGUGUGUUCGGAUGGUCUGCUCGGUUCGUUCGGACAGCUCCGCGUGUGACUCGACUCUCCAUAUGAUUCACGGCGACUCGCAGGUGACCGCCAGCAUCCCGCCAAACAUCACCGGUCACUGGGUGUCCAGCAGCUGUGAGGUGCGUCCUGGUCCAGAGUUCCUCACCCGCUCCUAUCGCUUCUUCCCCAAUCACACCUUCACUGCACUGCAGUUCUACUAUCAGGACAGCGGCUGCAGUCGUCCGUUCUUCAGUGUGUGUGUGGAGGGCCGUGUGCGGGUGCUGCAGGCCUCCUGGCGUGUGCCGGGUGCAGCGGCGGGCGAGUAUCAGCUGACCCGGGUGCAGCUGCUGUGCACCGACACACACGCAGCGGAGCUGCUGCGGCCGCGUCUGCAUGCGGCCUGCGGGUCUACAGCGCUGCGGCCCGGACACCUGUUCCUGCUGUGGGCCGCAGACGGGCCGGACUGCACCCGCGCUCUACACUUCAGCAUGCAGGAGCUGCUGCUGAUGCGGCUGGAGCUGCGUCGUCGCCAUGGAGACCAGCAGGAGGAGGAGGAGGAGGAGCUGUUUCUGGGAGACGUGCACACUGAGCGCGCUCAGAGGAGCCUCCAUCAGCCCGCAGGAUACCAGAGCCCGCUGCUCAGAGCCAAGCUGGAUGUGCAGCGGUGCCCGCUCUGCCCUCUGCUGGCGGCGGCGGAUCUCCUGCAUCCUCCAGUGUUGCCCGCUGUGCCUGCGCACCCGCUGCGGCUGCAGGGAGACUGGGUGAGCCUGCGGUGCGAGGUGCGCCCCGGGGUGCUGUUCCUGACCCGCCGCCUCACCUUCCACCCACAGCGACACACCUGGGACGGCCGCUACACACACUACUCUGACCCCGCCUGCAGACACCCCACAUUCAGCAUCACUGCCAGCGGAGAAUACACACCUGGAGGAGCUUCAGCUGUGGUACCUGGAGCUCACAAGUACACCUUCACCGUGUUGCGUAUGUCAGUGACGGCGAUGGAUGCUGCCACGGCGUCUCUGCUCUCCAUCUCGCGGGGCCGGGCGUGCGGCUCUCAGGGCUCCUGGCGGCCGGGCGUCCCGCAGGACGUCACUAACACCUCCGGCUGCCCUGCUCUGGGCGUCCGGCUGCCGCACACAGAGUACGAGCUCCUGCAGGCGGGACUGCACCCCUCUGGACGCCCCCUGCUGCUCAACGGCCAGCGGCCCACCGGCGGAUCCAGCCCCGACCGGCCCCACAGCAGACCCACCGCAUUCCAGCCGCCGCUCAUACACUGCGGGACCACGAGGAGCACUGGAGGAGGACAGAUGAACACCUGGAGGAGCGGCGCACGCAGAAACACACACACACUCACGAUGAUGAUGAUGAUCGUGAUGAAGAUUACACUCUGAGGAACAACACACACACACACACACACACACACACACACACACACACACACACACACACACACACACACACGCUCACGAUGAUGAUGAUCGUGAUGAAGAUUACACUCUGAGGAACAACAACACACACACACACACACACACACACACACACACACACACACACACGCUCACGAUGAUGAUGAUCAUGAUGAAGAUUACACUCUGAGGAACAACACACACACACACACACACACACACACGCUCACGCUCACGAUGAUGAUGAUCAUGAUGAAGAUUACACUCUGAGGAACAACACACACACACACACACACACACACACACACACACACACACACACUCACUAUGAAGAUGAUGAUGAUGAAGAUAACACUCUGACGAACAGCACACACACACACACACACACACACACACACACGAUGAUGAUGAUGAUGAUGAAGAUUACACUCUGAGGAACAACACACACACACUCACGAUGAUGAUGAUCGUGAUGAAGAUCACACUCUGAGGAACAGCACACACACACACACACACACACUCACUAUGAAGAUGAUGAUGAUGAAGAUUACACUCUAAGGAACAACACACACACACACACGAUGAAGAUGAUGAUUACACUCUGACGAACAGCACACACACACACACACUCACUAUGAAGAUGAUGAAGAUUACACUCUGAGGACCAGAACUGGAGACUUUGGAUGAAUGAAGAUGACUGAGGUUUGAUUUCAGGCACAUGGUGACGCUCAUGACACACACACACAUUUAUACAAACAGUUGCAUGCACACACACAUAAACACACACACACUCACAUACAAAACCCUUGUACAUACACACACACACACAUAUAUACAAAAACACUUGCGCAUGCACACACGGGCGUAUAUAAACAGAGACCGUAGACACACACACACACACACAGCAUUAGCUCUCUCUGCUGGAGAAUCACUGUAAACACACACGCGGAUGCUCCUCAGUGUAGAGAAGAGGACCUGAAGGAAAGCACGUCAACACAACAGACAUGUCCACCGGUCUGCAGCUCCUUCAGGGUCUUUAAUCAAACUAAAACUGAUUUCAAGAAGAAAAAACACUUUAAUUAAAUAAAAUAAGAAAUAAAAGUGGUGAAAGAUGUGUUCAGCCAAUCAGCAGCCAGAUACACAGAUCAUUACAAAACAGAGUGUGUGUGUGUGUGGAUAUAUAUCAGGGGAAAGAUAAAUACAAAGAUAUUAACAACAACAACAGUGUUAGACCAGUACUGAAGCCCUGAAGAGCAGUACGAGCAUGAGAGAGUUCAUCUGCUAUACUGGACAGUGUGUGUGUGUGUGUGUGUAUGACCAGCGGCUCUUCUGAUGCUCAGAGCAGAUCUUUAAAUCUUUAAAGCAGAUCUUAAACUGGAAACGGCAUUUCCUCCAUCUCCCCUCAUGGACUCAGACCCCUGUGUGUG